GGGAGGUGGCCCCCUGCCUGCAAAGUAGCAGCGCAGAGAAGUAAGCGGGGGGAAUACGGUGAUUUUUGAGCCGGCCUCGGGGACUGGGCUCGCGAGGGCGGAACGCGGCCACCGCUGCCCGAUCGGCAGUGCGCGCGCAGCCACCCGCAGCGGCGCCCGAGUUCGGGGGGGCGGGGCGGCUCCCAAGCCACAGCCAGGCGCCGGGCGCCGCAGCGGGGAGCACGACCACGUGACGGGAAGCCCCGGCGCCUCUUCCGGAGCUGCGCGCGCCGCUUCCCUCACCGUUUCCGGCGCCUGGGUUCCGCUUGCGGCGUCAUCGUGGGGGCCGGUUUGAAUGAGACCCUGAGGGUGGGACGCGCCGGAGCCGCUGCCCGCUGACUGACGCCUCCUCCCCGCUUCGGGACACGCCGCCCGCCCGCCGCCAUGCCGCUUUUCUCAGUGAACGUAAAAUGGGGGAAAGAGAAAUUUGAUGGUGUAGAGUUGAAUACUGAUGAACCUCCAAUGGUGUUCAAGGCUCAGCUUUUCGCAUUGACUGGAGUUCAGCCAGACAGACAGAAAGUUGUGGUGAAAGGAGGAGCUCUAAAGGAUGAUGAGUGGGGCAACAUCAAAAUCAAGAACGGGAUGACCUUAUUAAUGAUGGGCUCUGCAGAGGCACUCCCUGAGGAACCGGUAGCUCGACCUGUCUUUGUAGAAGACAUGACAGAGGAGCAGUUAGCCUCAGCUAUGGAGUUACCAUGUGGUUUGACAAAUCUUGGCAACACUUGUUACAUGAAUGCUACAGUUCAGUGUAUCCGCUCUGUGCCAGAACUGAAAGAGGCCCUUAAGAGGUAUGCUGGUGCCUUGAGAGCUUCAGGAGAAAUGGCCUCUGCUCAGUAUAUUACUGCAGCUCUUAGAGAUUUGUUUGAUUCCAUGGAUAAAACGUCCUCCAGCAUCCCACCCAUCAUUCUCCUGCAGUUUUUACACAUGGCCUUCCCACAAUUUGCAGAGAAAGGUGAUCAAGGCCAAUAUCUCCAACAGGAUGCCAAUGAAUGCUGGGUACAAAUGAUGAGGGUACUACAGCAAAAGCUGGAAGGGAUAGAAGGUGAUGCUCUUAUGGAGACUGACUCUGGAGCUUCAGCAGCAGCUUCUAAAAAGAAGAGUUUAGUUGAUCAGUUCUUCAGCAUUGAAUUUGAAACAACCAUGAAAUGUACAGAAGCAGAAGAGGAGGAAGUAACUAAAGGAAAAGAGAAUCAGCUUCAACUUAGCUGCUUUAUUAAUCAAGAAGUCAAAUAUCUUUUUACAGGACUUAAAUUGCGUCUUCAAGAGGAAAUCACAAAACUUUCUCCAACAUUGCAAAGAAAUGCUCUGUACAUCAAAUCUUCCAAGAUUAGUCGUUUGCCUGCCUACCUGACUAUUCAGAUGGUUCGAUUUUUUUACAAAGAGAAGGAAUCAGUGAAUGCCAAAGUUCUUAAGGAUGUCAAAUUUCCUCUUAUGUUGGAUGUGUACGAGUUAUGUACAUCAGAACUUCAAGAAAAGAUGGUUUCAUUUCGGUCAAAAUUCAAGGAUCUAGAAGACAAAAAAAUAAAUCAGCAGCCAAAGAAUUCUAGUAAAGGUGAUGGUGCACAGAAAGAAGUUAAAUAUGAAGCAUUUUCCUUUCCUGAUGAUAUUGGCUCCAAUAACUGUGGGUUUUACGACCUACAGGCAGUGUUAACACAUCAGGGAAGAUCUAGUUCCUCUGGUCAUUAUGUAUCUUGGGUAAAAAGGAAACAAGAUGAAUGGAUUAAGUUUGAUGAUGACAAAGUCAGCAUUGUUACACCUGAAGAUAUUUUGAGGUUAUCUGGGGGUGGAGACUGGCAUAUAGCUUAUGUUCUACUUUAUGGACCUCGCAGAGUUGAAGUAGUUGAAGAUGAAGCUGAACACUAGUCUACAGUGUUAGUGGUUCCUGCCUAGGUGUGAAAUAAAUGUUGAUCACUGAUCAUUUCUUUAUCCUGGGAGCUUUAGCAUUGGAGACAAUUUGUUCAAGCCCUUUCUCCUGACAUGAAGUGGGAAAUUAGUCUAUUUGAAACUGAUCUAUGUACCAAACACUUACAAAAAAUCAUUGCUGGACUGUACUGCUGCUCACUCAGUGGGAGUAGGACACUUAAAUAGCUUUUACCUAAGGAUAAUUUUUUUAAUUAACUAAACUGAGCCUCCCUCUUUCUCCUCUAACUUCAACCAAAUAUUUAUUACACACCUAUUCUUACAUCAUUUGUUACUCUUGCAUGGUUUAUACCACUUGUUCAAUAGCUGUCCAUCCUUUGCCUUGUCUGACAGUUUUGCCAGGAACAUGGAAGGGAAAUUGUUGUCUCCUUAUGUAACUCAGUGCUGCUGCCCAUAACCCACAGAAACAUGGCUACAAUCAAGUAUUUGUCCAGCCUGACGUGCUGACUCAGUAUGUUCUGUUGCUGGCAUUUCGUGUCUUUAAAAUAAAUGGUGAUCAACAACAA